UUGUCCGCGCAUUCGUGUCUGAACGCCGGCAGCGGCAUUACGCCUCCGAGACUGUUCUCCUGAAACUUUCAUACGAACGGUCCGUACCGACGCGCACUCCGUGGUUCUAAAUACGAUUAAAAAAUUAAUUAAUAAUAAUUUGUGCUUAAUUAUCAAUACUCAUAAAUAAUAAAAAUAUUAGUGUAUAUUAAAUUAAUUGAAGUUAAGUUUUAGUGUUAACAAAUGGGUUAGAAACAAGUGUUAGUUACAGUUAUGUGAAGUGUAUGUACAUUUGAGUUUACUGAAACAUUUUCGAUGUUAACCGGCAAGGUUGAAAAAUCAGUAAACGCGCAAUGUCAACUUUGGGAGCGGGGACAAGCAUGUUAAUCGUUUUGCAAACAAAUUGUAAAGCGGCUGUCGUGUUUUAUGCUUCUUGUAUGCCCAUUCGUUAGCACUGCAAGCAAAGGAUACGUCGAAAGAAUACAGAGAAAAGAUAACCAGAACGCUGCGAACCAAAAAUGGACACCAGUACGACGAGCUCCACCCAAGAAGACGAACCGGAGUGGUCUAGAAAUGCAUCAAUUAACGAAUACUUGGGGCAUAAUGUUACUAGUGACGCAUUUGAUACACUAUACGAUGUGCCGACGGGCAUGAUUGUAUUGCUGUCGUUUUUGUACGGCUCAAUAUCCGUCCUGGCAGUUGUCGGGAAUUUCCUCGUCAUGUGGGUUGUGGCUACCUCACGUCGAAUGCAGAGUGUAACUAAUUGUUACAUAGCUAAUUUAGCACUAGCUGAUAUUGUUAUAGGAUUAUUUGCUGUACCAUUCCAAUUCCAAGCCGCAUUGCUCCAGCGAUGGCUGCUCCCUCACUUUAUGUGUGCAUUUUGUCCGUUCGUGCAAGCGUUGAGUGUGAACGUCAGUGUGUUCACUUUGACGGCAAUCGCCGUGGACCGACACCGAGCCAUCAUUACUCCGCUCAGUGCGCACACAUCGAAACGUAUCGCUAAGGUUAUCAUAGUAUUUAUAUGGGUUUUGGCGUUAUCACUUGCCGCGCCCAUGGCAAUGUCAUGGGAGGUUAUCAUGGCAGAGGAACAAGACCCAGUUUCCAAGCUGUUCCACGAGAAGCCAUUUUGCGCGCCAACGGAGUUCGGAUCUCAUUCUUUAGCAAUUUAUAGACUGUUAUUAUAUAUUUUCCAAUAUAUCAUUCCACUAUGCGUAAUAACGUUUGCGUACGCUCACAUGGCCAUGAAACUGUGGGGCGCGCGGGCUCCCGGCAAUGCUCAAGAAAGUCGCGAUGCCAACCAAAUGAAGAAUAAGAAAAAGGUUAUCAAAAUGCUCGUGCUCGUGGUUGCACUGUUCGCGCUAUGCUGGCUUCCUUUACAAAGCUAUAUGCUGCUUCAGUCAUUCUUCCCCACCAUAAACGAGUACCGUUAUAUUAAUGUGCUUUUCUUUUGCUUCGACUGGCUGGCAAUGAGCAACUCUUGCUACAAUCCAUUUAUUUACGCCAUAUACAACGAAAAGUUUAAGAAAGAGUUUAAACAACGGUUUACGUUCAGACAAAAAAGGAACCGCUUUUCCAACGACAGUUAUGAGGACGGCCAGUCUUACAGGACCCGCGUGCUAUCCAUACGAUCGACAAACGAAAGAAGUGUAUACUCGGCCAGAAAAUCGGUGAACAUCACACCGGUGGAUUCUCUGAAAGUGUCCAGAAAUUCCUGCCAAUGUGCGAGAAAUCAGAACAGGGACACGGAUCGGGAGAAUUUUUAUAGGUCGAGAAAAACAGAUGAAUUUGGGUCCUUCAGAAAUGGCGCGCAUCCUCAAGAAAUGUCUGUCAGAAAAUCAAUGUCGAAUAGGUUCGGUGAGAACGACUUGCCAAUCGGAGAUGAAAGAGUUAGUGAGCUGUACAUCUUUCCAAAUAGUAGUAUAGUAGAAUUUACUGACGUAAUAUGUGAUAAUAAAGUGUAAAUAUACUAUUAAUAUUAAUUAAGUAGCUAAUUAUAAGUAUUUAUUAAAAUCUCGAAACAUAUGAUGUCGCGAGAAAUUGAAAUAUUAAUAAACUCUA